AUGGCAGUUGGAUUGUCUAUAACAUCUCAAAAUGGACAGAAGGAUAAUGGAAGGGUGACCCUUUAUGUUGUUCUGUCUUGUAUGAUGGCUGCUAUGGGAGGCGUAAUAUUCGGCUAUGACAUUGGUAUAACAGGUGGUGUUACAUCAAUGGAACCAUUUCUGAAGAAGUUCUUCCACAAGAUAUAUCUUCAGAUGAAAUCAGAUGUCAAAGUUAGCAACUAUUGCAAGUUUAACAGUCAACUGUUGACCUCUUUUACAUCCUCUCUUUAUGUUGCCGGUUUUUUUACUUCCUUCUUGGCUUCUUAUAUCACUAGAGUCUUCGGACGCAAGCCAUCCAUCGUUGCAGGUGGCGCUGCGUUUCUUGCCGGUACAGCUCUUGGGGGUGCAGCUUUUAAUGUGUACAUGCUCAUAGUCGGUCGACUUUUGCUUGGAGUUGGGGUUGGUUUCGCAAACCAGGCGGUUCCUCUAUACCUCUCUGAAAUGGCACUACCGAGAUUUAGAGGGGCGAUAAACAAUGGUUUCCAAUUAAGCAUUGGUAUCGGCGCUUUGUCUGCUAACCUAAUCAACUAUGGAACAGAGAAAAUUAAAGGGGGUUACGGUUGGCGCGUAUCUCUAGCCAUGGCAGCAGUUCCAGCCACUUUCUUAACACUAGGUGCACUUUUCCUUCCAGAAACUCCCAAUAGCCUAAUCCAAACCAGCCAAGACAAUCAAAAGGCGAAGCUAAUACUUCAACGAAUUCGAGGCGUGGAAGAUGUUCAAGCAGAACUCGACGACCUCACUAAAGCGAGUUCUUCAACAUCAAAAACAAGCGAACAACAAUCAUUUAAGAUUAUACUGAAAAGAAGAUAUAGGCCUCAACUUGUAAUGGCAAUAGCAAUACCAUUUUUCCAGCAAGUGACAGGGAUCAAUGUCAUCGCUUUCUAUGCUCCGUUACUUUUCAGAACAAUCGGAUUAGGAGAAAGCGCAUCGCUGUUAUCAUCUGUCAUGACAGGUAUAGUAGGUACAGGCUCAACGUUCAUAUCAAUGCUCAUAGUAGAUAAACUUGGAAGGAGAACUUUGUUUAUAGUUGGAGGCAUUCAAAUGCUAGUGUCACAGUGUAUAGUUGGAGGCAUAAUGGCGGUUCAUCUCAAAGAUCACGGCGGAUUGAGCAAAGGCUAUGCUUAUAUUGUUUUGGUAAUGAUAUGUAUUUAUGUUGCUGGGUUCGGUUGGUCAUGGGGGCCACUAGGUUGGUUAGUACCGAGUGAAAUUUUUCCAUUGGAGAUUAGAUCUGCUGGACAAAGCAUCACAGUGGCAGUGAGUUUUCUCUUCACUUUCGUUAUUGCGCAGACUUUUCUCGCUAUGCUUUGCCACUUCAAGUCGGGGAUUUUCUUCUUCUUUGGUGGUUGGGUGGUGGUGAUGACUGUGUUUGUGUAUUAUUUUCUACCAGAGACAAAAAAUGUGCCGCUCGAACAGAUGGAGAAAGUGUGGCGGGAACAUUGGUUUUGGAAGGGAAUAGUCGGAAAAACGAACGACAGUUAUGAUGCUUUAUAA